UCUGGCGAUCUCAAGGCAUCUGAAAACAAAUGGUAACACUUUCAGUUCAGCAAACCCUGACUGUUAUGAUGAAGAAUGCUUAUUUAAUGUGCAACGAGCAGAUGGCAUCAGAUAUGUCUUGGAGACAAUGUUCAUCUGUCCUUAUCAUGCAUUCAAGCAUUACAUUUGAGAAAGUCUGAACCAGUCUUAAGAGACCUGUUGUUGUGUGGCCAACCCUCUUUUUCUCUCUCUCCAUCACUCUAUUUCUCUUUAUCACUUUCUCUCUGCUUUCUGUGCCUGCUCUCCUGUUGUCCUUCAUCUCUUUUAAAAGUCACUUUUCCUCUAUAAAGCAUGUGGGCGUUCAAGGUCAUCAGUAUAAAAUGAAUGUGAUUUUCAAUUAAAGAGAGAGCAGAGAGGCUGUUGGGAGUGUGGUGACAAGAACAGAAACGGUUGCCUUCCAGAUUUUCACAGCAGCAAUCAGCAGUACGCAGAUCACACUUACCCUGCGUUACGAUGCCUCUAUUGAGAGAUCUUCGGAAGAAAGAAGACAUCAAUGCUGUUUAUGAGCUGAAAGAAAAACUGGGAGAGGGCUCGUUCUCUGAGGUUCGAGUGGCUCAGCACAGAUGCACUUAGAAGCUUGUGGCUGUCAAGUGCAUCCGAAAGAGAGCGCUAAAGGGAAAAGAAUCCAUGCUGGAGAAUGAGAUUGCUGUAUUACGCAGAAUAAAUCAUGAAAAUAUUGUGUCUUUGGAGGAAACCUUUGAGACUCCUUCUAAACUGUAUUUGGUAAUGACACUGCUGACAGGAGGGGAACUGCUGGACAGGAUUCUGAAGAGAGGCAGUUACACAGAGAAAGAUGCCAGUCGUGUGAUAUAUCAGGUGCUGCAGGCGGUGAAGUAUCUGCAUCAGCUGGGUGUUGUGCAUCGAGAUCUAAAGCCAGAGAACUUACUGUAUGAGACUCCAUUAGAAGACUCCAAAAUUGUCAUCAGUGACUUCGGUCUGUCUAAAAUGGAAGAGCAGGGUGCUCUUACCACGGCCUGUGGGACACCUGCCUAUGUCGCUCCUGAACUUCUACAGCAGAAAACAUAUGGUAAAGAGGUGGAUCUCUGGGCCAUUGGGGUUAUUACAUUUAUUCUACUCUGUGGCUAUCCUCCAUUCUAUGAUGACAACGACACACAACUCUACAAGCUGAUCAUAAAGGCUGAAUAUGAAUUUGAUUCACCAUACUGGGACGACAUCUCUGACUCCGCAAAAGACUUCAUAGUUCACUUACUGCAGAAGGAUCCAGCGAAGAGGUUCAAUUGCGACCAGGCCUUGCAGCAUCCUUGGAUAUCAGGAGGUGCGGCUCUAGACAAGAACAUCCACAGCUCAGUGUCAGCACAGAUUCAGAAAAACUUUGCCAAGAGUCACUGGAAGAGAGCCUUUAAUGCCACCAACAUUGUGCAUCAUUUAACAAAGAAAACCCACUCCGGGGAAGACGAUGAAGGGAAUCACUCCACAAGUAUAGGGACCAUCUGACAAUCUACUGGCAGUAACCCGAGGCUCUGUUAAAGAAAUAGUUAUAUAAUAGUUAUAAUAGUUCAUAACAGGAAAACUGUGUCAUUUACUCAUGCUCAUGUUGCUCCAAACCCUUAUGACGUUCUUUCUUGACCCUCAUUGUGUGAACAAUGAAAGAAGCAGUGAACAAGUUCUGUGAAGAUCCAAAAAGUUAACAAAAACAUCAUAAAACAAUUCAUCCAACUGCAUUUGCAUAUUCAAAUUUGACAUAUGUCAACUGGUUAUGAGACAUGUAAGAACCAGUAGCGUUCAGCAUCACUAACAGUAAACUUGGCGAGAUGCAUCUUCAUGCACAUAUUGAACUAUAUGCAAAAGAGAAUUAAUGUCUGAGAACAGCAGUGGAGUAAAAGUUGGCAAGAAAUGGAUAUUAAUCCACUUUCUAAAUGCAUCUUACAGAACAUAUGGUGAACGAUUCAUCCAUGCAUAUGUUUUGUUUUUUACUUCUUUGACCUCUGAUUUUUUAAUCAAAAUAUCUCGAUCUUCUGGUGAAAAUACAACAUUUUUUCCUAGUGACGUGCCGGACUUUUCAAAUCAUUUAAUAUGUUUAAACCAAUUCUUUGCUACACUGUUUAAAGCCUUUUUUGGGAGAUUGACAGCAGGGUUAUUAUUGUUAACUAAAAGGAAAAAUUAAACCAUAAGAAAACACUUUUCAAAAUUACUAAAUCUUUUGAAAAUACACACACACAGUAUAUAUAACAGUAUAUCAAUGAUGGUAAAAUAACACUGAUUGACAGUCUUUAAAAUUGUAUGCUUGAGAAAAGAGCCUUUCGCUAAACUUCUCUCAAACAGAAAAAUCACAUGUUGUUUGGAACAACAUAAGCAAAACACAAUUUUCAUUUUGGGGACUGAGCGCAGUGGUCACUGUGUUGGGCAGAUUGACAGACUCUGAAACACACCUGUGCUUUAAACGUGCCGCUGUCAGUGAGCCUUCUGCCAGAGCUACUGCUGCUACACUUCAGUGGGCUGCCACUGUAAAAAUACCCUCAGUGGAGAGCAGCUCCUUCACAACUCAUGUUUCUACUCCCCGUCUACUUGUAUUUGACGCAUAACAGCAUGCUGCUAUUUGACAGAACACAAUAUUUAGUCAUGUAGUACUGUCUGUCAACUGUAAGUACUGUCACUUGAAGCAUAUCAGUGGCAUUUGAAGAACAAAUAUGGCAUAGAAUAGGAUAUUACAAUAGAUAAAUGAAGUAAAUAGUAAUUGUUGCCUUGUAUCUGUGCUCUCAUUACACUGUGGAAUAAAUAAACUGAUCUGCA